UCCAAUCUGGAGCAGUCCGAUAUUGCCUCGUCUCUGGACAAUACCAGUGCAAAAGAUUAAUAAAUGACGAGAUGAUCUAGCAUGUUCGGUUCGUUCGCAGUGUUAUUAAAUAUAUAUGGUCUAAUAUCUGUUAGAUAGCACAAGAAUUACAGUACAAGUUUACAGUCUAUUAGGAAUACUCUAUAGUGUAUUUGCGGUUUAUUGUUAUAUAAAGUAAGCGGAUUUAUCAACAAAACGCCUGACAAUAUCGAAAACAGAGGAAUAUUAAACCACAUUGUUGUACCGUAAAGACUGCAGUAUAUUCCGGGGAAAAUUGGAGCGUUCAACCUCCUGUUAAAUCCUAUUAAAAAAGCGGAGCAUUACAGCGCAGAAUCCCACCGAGAAGAGCGCAGCGGUUCACCGCACCAGCCUUCACCGGCGUCCCGGCGCCCAGGAGCGGCUUCGGGAGGUACGCGAGUCCCGAUGCUCCCGGCCUUCUCCACCCCAGCGGGCCGCAAUGGGGGAGACGAAAAUUAUCUACCACCUGGACGACCAGGAGACUCCGUACCUGGUCAAAGUGCCAGUCCCUGCCGAAGAAGUCACUCUGGCCCACUUUAAACAAGUCCUCAAUAAACCCAACUAUAAAUUCUUCUUCAAGUCCAUGGACGAUGAUUUCGGGGUUGUAAAGGAAGAGAUAUCAGACGAUAACGCCAAGUUGCCAUGUUUCAACGGCCGUGUAGUGUCAUGGUUGGUCUCAGCAGAUGGUUCUCACGGUUCAGAUGGAGGUUCAGUGUGUGCAGAGACUCAGGCCGAUCUUCCUCCUCCAUUAGAGAGGACAGGGGGCAUCGGGGACUCCAGACCGCCCUCCUUCCAUGCCAAUGCAGCAGGCAGUCAGGACAACCUGGACAACGACACGGAGGCCGACGUCGGCACUUCAGUGCGGAGAGAUAGAGAGCGAGACAGGGAUAGAGAAAGAGAGAGACCACGCAGGAAAGACACCCAUGAGCAUGGAGGCAGGCUGAAUGGUCACUCUCGGCCCGAGCGCAGGCCUGAGAUUGCGGGUUAUGAGACCUCCUCCACGCUCAUGAGCAGCGAACUGGACACCACCAGCUUCUUCGACUCGGAGGAGGAUGACUCAACGAGCCGCUUCAGCAGCUCUACAGAGCAAAGCACAUCAUCACGGCUCAUGAGACGACAUCGCCGACGCCGACGGAAAACCAAACCACCACGGAUGGAGAGGUCGUCCUCCUUCAGCAGUAUCACUGACUCCACCAUGUCUCUGAACAUCAUCACUGUCACAUUAAACAUGGAGAAGUAUAACUUCCUGGGCAUCAGCAUCGUGGGUCAGAGUAACGAGAGAGGCGACGGUGGCAUCUACAUCGGCUCCAUCAUGAAGGGUGGAGCAGUAGCAGCUGACGGACGCAUCGAGCCAGGCGAUAUGCUACUCCAGGUGAACGACAUUAACUUUGAGAACAUGAGCAAUGAUGAUGCUGUGAGAGUCUUGAGAGAAAUAGUGCACAAACCAGGCCCUAUCACGCUGACUGUGGCUAAGUGUUGGGACCCAAAUCCCCGCAGCUGCUUUACCUUGCCUCGCAGUGAGCCAAUCCGCCCGAUCGAUCCCGCUGCCUGGGUGUCUCACACGGCUGCGAUGACGGGGGCGUACCCAGUGUACGGCCUGAGUCCUUCCAUGAGCACCAUCACCUCCACCAGCUCCUCCAUCACCAGCUCCAUUCCAGAGACUGAACGCUUCGAGGACUUCCACUUGUCCAUUCACAGCGAUAUGGCAACUGUUGCUAAAGCAAUGGCGUCUCCAGAAUCAGGGCUGGAGGUGCGAGACAGGAUGUGGCUGAAAAUAACCAUCCCCAAUGCCUUUAUAGGUUCAGAUGUGGUGGACUGGCUCUAUCAUCACGUGGAAGGUUUCACAGACCGACGUGAAGCACGGAAGUACGCGAGCAACUUGCUGAAGGCUGGCUACAUUCGCCACACUGUCAACAAAAUCACCUUCUCCGAGCAGUGCUACUACAUCUUUGGAGACCUCUGUGGCAAUAUGGCUAAUCUCUCCUUGCAUGAUCAUGACGGCUCUAGUGCAUCUGACCAGGACACUCUUGCCCCCCUGCCCCACCCAGGAGCUGCUCCGUGGCCCUUUGCUUUCCCCUAUCAGUACCCCCUCCCUCAGCCCUACAGUCCCCACCCUGUGCAAGAGCAAGCCUACAGCUACACAGGAGGAGGAGGAGGAGGAGGAGGAGGAGGAGGAGGCAGCGCCGGCAGCCCACACAGUGAAGGGAGUCGCAGCAGCGGUUCAAACCGCAGUGGUAAUAAGGCUGGUGCGUUGGAGACAAAGUCGGGCGGCAGUGGUAGCGAGACUGAGAAAAGAGAGAAGGCACCUAGUGAGCGCUCAGCAGCGCCCCCUAGUGAGCACAGUAUCCACAGUGCCCACAGCGCUCUCUCACAAGGCCAAAACUCAUCGUACGGACCUCCUGCAGCUGCCGCACCGGGUUCUCCACCAGGCCGAGACCUGGCAUCAAUGCCCCCCGAACUCACAGCGUCCCGCCAGUCCUUCCGCAUGGCCAUGGGCAACCCCAGCGAGUUCUUCGUGGAUGUCAUGUGAUGCACUUCAGGUGACUGAUAGACACCUGACACUCAUGUGGAUAGAGAGAUUUCUGGAAAAUGUGUUAGUUACCUUUGUAAGUGAUGAAGGGAAGGGGUGCCAAGUGUUCCAUUGCAUUGUCCCUCCUGUGUCCUGUGGCUUGUACUUUCUUCAGUGAAGAAGACUGGGAUGGAUGGAGCUCAUAUCCCUGUGUCCUGCAGAAGCUCUGUGGGAUAGAGGGAUGGGCUCAGAGUGGCGUGAAUACUUUCUGUGUGGUGUCCUUUUAUUUUUUUUGUCCUGCAUUUCUGUCUGCCUUCUUCCUUUUGCAGUUUCUUAACCUCAUCAAGAGCCGUUUUUAUCAAAGACUACAAACAGAGACCAGGGAGAGGGAAGAUGGAGGUAGCGCCUCUCUCUGUGGCUUUUGCUUUUAAAGGAUGAAGUGAAAUAAUUUCAUAACAAUUCAAUUCAAAAAAGAUGCUAUCAUGAGAAACUAUAGACGAUUGUUUUAUAUUUGACUUGUCUUCUUGUAUGUUCUCUGAAGAGUGGGAAAGAGAGGGGGUAAAAACAGUGUUUUAAUUACAGUGGGGUCUCAGGGGUGCUAGUUCCAGCCAGAGGCCCCUUAUUUGUUCUUAAAGACCAACGGGGGUCUAAGGUGUUUACUGUAUUAUGAAGCUAUAUGGAGGAAAGUCAUGUCAUGUCUAGUUGUGUUAAACAUAAAUUUGACACAAAGAUCCAUCCCAGGCUGUGAAGAGGCGUGUCUUUGUGUUUAGCUAAGAACCUGUCAUCAUUCAAAGAAGGACAUCUAGUGUAGCUGUGAAGACGACAGUGUUCUCAGUGCGAGUUUCUUUAUUACCCAAAACCGUGACUGCAUUGACUAGCUUUGCUUUAAAAUGAGGCUAGUACCAGGUAUUUGUUUAUAGAUGCAGUUUUAAUGUAGCACACAACUUGCCUACAAGAAAACUGGGAACAUUUAAAUGUCACUAAAAACAAUCAUCAAUCAUUUGUCCAAAUAUUAAUACUUUAUCCAAAACAGGGAAUCAGCAGAUUGAUGAACAGAAGACAACUAUAUUAGAGAUUCCCAAUGCUGUACUCUCAGAAUUUAAGUUCCUACUAGAGGAAGAAUCACUGUGUCAUCUUUUCCUGGGUUUGAUUACAAUAUCACAAUACAUUUUGGACAUUGAAAUAACAAUAUGUGCAGUAGACUGUGUACAUUUUCCAUUUAGCAGAACAGGGACACACUCACGCCACAAAGAUUGGGAGCGUCAUUAGCAAACAUUUCAACUAAGAAUGUUCUGUUAUUUUAGGAGCUUCAGUGUAAUUUAAAUACUGGUUAAAAACCAUUCAUGAGUUGUUACUGAAAUUGGGAUUCAUAUUUAUUUAUUUGGUUGCCAGAGAGAUCAUUUUGGAUCCAGACUAAGCAUGCGUCCACACACACUUUUCAUCACGUUAACAGAAAUAAAUGAAACUUGAAACCCUAACUGAAAUAACUGAAAACUUGUCAUAACUUAAAAAAAAAAUCUCCAGGUUUACUGUGUGUUCUUUCAGAAGGAUUUGACCCAAAACAUCCACAAAGGAGUCACUGGCUUUGUAUAUAUCUAAAUAUUAGCACACGUCUAAACAAUGUUAAUUUAUUAGUUUAAUGUGUAACAUGUCAAAUUUAAAAAUGCACACCACUUUGUGCACUUUAUGUUUUAUUUUAAAAAGUAAAAUAAGUCAAUUAUUAAUCUGGGUUUAAUUUUGCAGAGAAGAGAUUGUGUUAAUGUAAAAUUAAUCACUUUUAAUUUGUUAGUUAACUGACUGAACUACAGACUGGGAGGCAAACCUGUGACCCCCUCUAUGUCCGUCUCUUUCUUACUCUUCCAACAGCAAUGCAUCACAUAAAUCUGUCUGUUGUUUUAUCAGUAACAUUAACAUCCUGUAUUUUUACAGUCUAACGAUUCUUUGUAUUUCUGUAAACUCAUUAUUUUUUUUUUUCCAAAAUACAUUUAUCACAGGUUUUUAAUGAUUAGAAACUGAUGCUGUUUAGUAUCAAAUGGUUCAAUUUUAAUAAUCGCUGUACACUGUUUUAUGCCAAAAACAAAUUGUUUUUAUUUAUAAACAUAGUUUUAUUGCCUA